AUCCAUACAUAACACUAUGUCUGCUCCUCGGAAUUACAAGCGUCUUGUCCUGACGGGCGCCGUCACGGCUAUCACAAUCGCGGGAUCCCUCUACGGCGCAGGGAUCAAAACCGGCCAGGAAGCUGGUCAGCAAGUCCAGAAAAAACAAGAAGCCACUCUCGACGAGCGCAUCGCGACCCUCCAGGGUAUUCGAGAAAAUCUGUCGUCUAAGAGGCUCCAUGUGCAGAAGCAGCUGGAUGACUUGGAUGCGAGGGUUGAGGAUAAGAAGAGGAAGGGACUUGGUGGCCCAAAGAAUGGGGAUCCGUGAUGGAUUGAUGGGUGAUUGAGUGUAUAUGCCGACCUACUUCUGAGGUGGGGGAUGUUGUAUGUGUUCCGCCGGAUUCCGCCGUUCGAGUCGCCGCUUGGAACUGACGUUCGCUACGAUUGAAGAUAUGAUAUCGGAGAUAGGUGGAUUAAGACCGGCGAUGUCGGGACCUCUGUGACACUAUGAAGGGGGCGCCUUUUUGUCCGCGCUUCAUAGAACCCGGGUGUCUGAUUGCUGUGAUGGGUUCCGCCUCCAAUGCCGACAGAGCUCACAGUCCCCGGCUUUGAUGAGGGCUCUAUGCUGGACCGUGGACGGCUUCCCAUCGGGGAAUAUCGUGAAGUAAUUAGACGGAUCCAUGCUGCUCCUAAAUCCGACCCAUCCGACCAUGGACAAUCAUGAGACAAAGAUGUGCCUUAUCUUUCGUACGGAUACGGAAGGUUGAUCUUUUCUACCAGCAUGUGGGAGCAGCCUCUGCUUUACCAGGACGAACCAAUAUCCCCGGAUGGAUCAGG